AUGUUGGAUGAUAAUCGCAAAUUAGGUUUGGGUUUUUGUGGACUUGGGAUAUUUUUAAUUACUUUGGGUGUACUAUUAUUAUUUGAUAGAGCCUUAUUAACAUUGGGAAAUUUAACAUUUGUUGCAGGACUUUCAGUAGUCCUUGGAUUAAGUAAAUUAACUAGAUUCUUCUUUAAGUCUGACAAACUCAAAGGUACUUUUUUUUAUUUUGGUGGUUUAGCAGUUAUUAUUUUGAAAAGUACAAUAAUAGGAUUCAUAUUACAGAUGUUAGGGUUAUUUUAUUUAUUUAAUAGUUUUCUCCCAAAUAUUGUUUCAUAUAUUAAACUCUCCCCUGUAAGUUUUAUUUUGGAUCUUCCAGGGAUUAAACAGAUUGCAGAGUGGAUCUAUGAUCAGAGAAGGCUUCCAUUAUAA